AUUGGUGGUUGUACAAAUCUGCUGAAGAAGAUGGGGGAUGAUCGACAAUCCAUUCUAACUAUUGAGUCUCCAAUAAUGGAAUACGAGAUAUCAUCGAGUGAAGAACAACUUCAGGAAUUGGCGCCUCCAAAAAUUCAAGCAAUGGAAGCAGUGAAUUAGAAAUGUUGAAUCGUCAGAAUUCUUUCCAAUCAAAAUCAAAAUUCUUUCCAAUAUCAAGUUUCUUUACCGUGUUUAAUUUCUCACUCACAUUGAUUCAAUUAGAUCUCUCGGGAAGUGAAAUUGUUAGCCUUCCCACAAGCAUCAAAGGAUUUAUUGCACUUAUUGAGCUCUACUUGAGAGAUUGCAAGAAACUUGAAGAAAUCUUAGAACUUCCGCCAAAUAUAAAACUUGUAUAUGCUUAUGAAUGCCAGUCGUUAGAAAGAUUUCCAGAAGUAUCAAGAAUAUUGGAAUUCAAUGGAAGCCACAUCAGAUCGCUACAAUAUAUUGAGUUGGAUGGCUGUGACAAAAUGCAUGAGAAGAUUUGGAAUUAUAAAGUGCCAAAUCCAUUACUGUGGAAGGGACAUUAUAAUGCCACUGUGUUACCUGAAAAUGAGAUUCCAGAGUGGUUAUGUUAUCAGAAAUAAUUUUUAGAAAAUGAAAUUGCUAAGAGAGGGGAUGAUGAUGUCCAAUUGAAAGGAAAUGAAGAAUGGGUAAUAAAUAUUGAGGGGCUACACUAUUUGGAGGAUAUAAGCGGAAUUGUUAUAUAUAUGGUUACAUUUUUUAAUGAAGAUCUUAGGGAUGACAAUUUUCCAUGGGAUAAUGAGGUAACCAUUAGCAGCUCAAAUUGUGUAUGCCGUAUCAAUAAUGAAGAACGUCUACGUUUGUGUGGUCAUAAUGUAACAAAUAAUAUCGUAGGCCAAUAUGAUGUAUAGAUGUGGUACUCUGAUUUAGAAUCAUUUGAGGUAAAGGUUUUGGACAAUUUGAGGGUUCAAGUUCGUAUUCUUACCAACGCUAGUGAUCCUCUUUGGGUAGGUCUUUGGUCACGCUAUUAUUUAAGUUUGGGAGCCAAUAUUGUAUACAGGCAUGAAAGCAGAGCACAUAAAAGAAGAAAAAUGGAUUGAAUUAAAUGAUAGCCCAAGUGGAAUUUCAGGUGAGAUUUUUGUUUGUUCUCUUUGGUCUUUAAGACUUACUUGAUUUGGAAUUUGCCAUUCAUUGAUUAGCCCAAUGAUUUUACCACUCAUUUAUUUUUGGACUUUCAAGAAUGUUAAACCUUUCGAUUCACAUGCAAGGAGUUUGAUGAUGACUUGUUCCUCAUUUCUUGACAACAAAUGUAACUUUGUAAACAUCAUAUAUCAAUUUCUCCUGAAGAAAUUUUCUCGAUUAAGAUUGAUGAUGACUGAUCAGCAAAAGCCAAGAAGUAUUUUGGUUUGAUGAUAUUCUUUUCUUUAGUUUCUUAGCCACAUUUGUUUGUUUUCUUUCAUCUUUGGCAUUGCUAACAGUAUAUAAUA